AUCGUGCAUCGCCAUUGGUCGGUUAUGAGCGUGCCCUGCGCGAAACCACCGCGCAUCUCAGUGAUUACAAAAUGCCGUCAGAGUCUAAACCUUUGUUGACAGCUCAGACGGAAAAGCCAAAUCAUUACUCAUAUUUGAAAGAGUUUCGCGUCGAGCAAUGCCCGCUCUUCUUGCAACACAAAUGUACACAGCAUCGUCCAUUCACCUGUUUUCACUGGCAUUUCAUGAACCAGCGGCGUAGACGGCCGGUGAGACGCAGGGACGGCACCUUCAACUACUCCGCCGACAACUAUUGCACCAAAUACGACGAAACGACGGGGAUUUGCCCCGAUGGCGACGAGUGCCCCUUUUUGCACCGGACAGCCGGGGACACCGAACGACGCUACCAUUUGCGGUAUUACAAGACAUGCAUGUGUGUGCACGACACCGAUUCGAGGGGGUAUUGUGUCAAAAAUGGGCUGCAUUGCGCCUUUGCACACGGGAGUCACGACCACAGACCCCCGGUUUAUGAUAUUAAGGAGAUUCAGGCCUUGGAAGCCGCCGAAGCCGAGGGCAGCGGCUCCGCCAACGGCCCCAAUGCGCUAGACAAAGAACGGAAUUUAAUGAAUGAGGAUCCCAAAUGGCAAGAUACAAAUUACGUUUUAUCAAAUUACAAAACGGAGCCUUGCAAAAGACCCCCUCGUUUAUGUAGACAAGGAUACGCCUGUCCUCAAUAUCACAAUAGCAAAGACAAGCGAAGAAGUCCUCGGAAAUUUAAAUAUCGAUCAACACCAUGUCCCAAUGUAAAACACGGUGAGGAAUGGGGUGAACCUGGUAAUUGUGACGCCGGUGAUUUGUGUUCCUACUGUCACACACGAACAGAACAACAAUUUCAUCCGGAAAUUUACAAAAGCACCAAAUGUAAUGAUGUACAACAAUCGGGGUAUUGUCCUAGGGGGGUGUUUUGUGCGUUUGCUCACGUUGAACAGGAAAUGGGGGUGUCGAGGGAUACAGGAGAAAGUGGUACAAAUUUUGCCGAGAUAUUAUCAAAUGCUCUUCCUCCUAGUUUAGAUAAGAAAGAAAAAAGCAGCGAUAGCUCAAAUGGUAGCAGUGAAGUUAGCGAGUCAGCAUCGACGUCAUCUUUAGGUUCAAAUAGUUCACAUAGUAAAGCUCCCGGAUCACAAUUAGCCCACAAAUCGAUACCAUUUAAUAGGUCUCUACCUCUGGGAGUAGAAUUAAAUAACAAAUUAUUAGCAAUUGAAAAAGACCCAAGUUUGGACGUUUUAGAACGAGAAAAAAUGAAACAAUCGCUACGAUUCCCCUUUGGUGGUGGUUUCUUUGGCUCGACUAAUGACACCGUUGGCAGCGUAGUCGGCAACGCAUUGGACGAAUUGACACUCGACGAUUCGUUAAAUCUCUCCGGUCUCGACCGCGACUUAGAAUCUGAAUCACCGACAGUAACAAAUUCAAUAUCAGUCGGUCUAGCAUCGUCGGGUCUUUUGGGCAGUUCCGCCCCUGUUAACAUUCCAGGAUCGGCUCGUACCGGCUUGGGGGGUUUUAGCCCGACUAGUAACAGUCCCCUGCAACUCCACGGUGGUUUUCUAUCGGCUCGUUUCUCCCAAUCCGAACAUAUGGACUUUUUAAAUCAUUCACAAAUUCAGCUCAGUAGUAGUGCAUCAAAAAUCAAUUCCUAUCAGAAUUUUUUCGAUUUUCCUCAAAGUAUUUCGCCAACGUCGCGCAAUCAUAAUAAUUUUAGUAUGUCGCCAAGUGUUAAUAGCAACAUGGAGGUGGCCCUCCUCAGAGAGGAGUUAAAUUCGGCAAAAAUGCAAUUGAGUAGUUGGGAGGAGAGGCUACAACAGGCCCGGACUGCGUGUGAUUUAUGGAAACAAGCCUCCGAAGAGGCGAAUAGGAAGACUCAAUUAACUGAAACGAAACUAAACGAGACGGUAACACAAUUGAAUGAGACUGUAACACAAUUGAAUAGUUUGAAACAAGAGUUUGAGAAGUUGCAAGGGGGGCCGCAUAUUAGGAGUAUAACCAAUGUGGCCGAGUUGAGUAAAUUGUCGUUAAGUGUGUUGAAAAAUUUGCAUGCGCAACUCAGACAGGACUUGGAGGAGAUUGAAAAGGUUUUGUAUCGCGAGACUGCGUCGAAAUGUAUGGUUUGUGAAGAGCGCAACAGGACUGUAACAUUAAAUUGCAAUCAUUUUGUUUUGUGUAGUACAUGUGCCCUGACACAGAGUGAAUGUCCCUAUUGUCAAACACCUUUCAAUUUGAGUAAUAACAUGUGAAAUAGAGAUGCUUAGGUGUGCGUGCAAUUUUACCGAGUCUCGAGUUAAGUUACUCGGUGUGGUUGCACGCAUUUAACAAAUUUCUAAUCUAAGAUUAUGAUUUAUUUUAUUAGGCGCGAUUUUGCAAAAUUACCGAAUUUGAUUCGCAAUUUUGGAGAAUCGCUAAGUAUUCAAUUGAAUUGUCCGUGUUUAAACUGGUCUGAAUACUGCUGUGGAAACAAUAAAUUGUAAAAUAUUGAAAAUUCUACCGAGGCAUGGUUUUUUUCGUGCAUUUAUUUGGGCUGUGCACUGCAUUUCUCUCAGAUUUCUUUGACGGUUUCAAUACGGACUCUUGUUAAAUUUUAGUUAGGUAGGACUUUUCAAAUUGAAUUUAAUUAAGUUUUUAAAUGCUGCACUAUUUAGAAACAUAUCAAGAUUUAUUUAUUUCAAAGAAAAGUGUGAAAAGAUUGUAUUUUUAUAUGCGGAAAUAUUGUGAUUAUUUAUGCGUUUACGAAAAAUAGGCUUGUGCAGCAAAACAAUUUUUCUUUAUUUUUUUUUUUUAUAAAUGACUGAUGCAAUCGUAUUUAUUUGUAAUGUAGAUUUCCCCCUUUACAUAACAGGUAUGACCAAUGUAUUUUUCGUAACUAAAGCCGUUUGUAAUAAGAGAUGUUUUUAUUUUUAUCCCAGUGUUGAUAAUGUGCCACUAAAAUUUGUUUUCAUGCUGUUAUGUAAAUUGUUUUUCGAGUUAUUGGAAUUAUUGCAAACAGCUUUAAUGACUUUACAUAAAAUGUUUGUCAUGGAAUUCUAUUUACAAAAAACAUAUACUUAUACUUAGGUAGGUAGUUUUAAUAAAUAAAUUAUAAAAUAAAAAGUAGUGGGCCUAUAGUUAUUACAACUACACACUUAGCAGUUAGGUAUUUUCGUAGGUCAAAAAAACUGAUUUUGUACAAGAGAAUUAAUUUUUUAAUUGUAUAUAUAUAUUAGAACGUACCGAGCGACUCAAAGUGAAUUUUUACACGAAAAAAUGUACAGACUAGAAGUAUGCAAUAAUUGAUCAAAAUCUGUAUUAAAAAGAGUUUUUUUGGCUUACAUCAUCCAGUUAGACUAUAUUUGAAAAAGUGAAAACAUUGUCUUAAAUAAUAUCUAUUUGUCCAUUGCAUAAAAUUUAGGCAUUCGUUGUAUUUUUAAUAGUUGUUUAAAAUUUCAUUUAUAUAAUUCAAUGUAAUGAUUGUGUAUUUUUAAAAAAUAUUAAAUUAGAAUUUCAAAUUUAUUUUUUCUAUUUUAUUUUUCAAAUGUUAAGUUUUUAUUUAUUGAAAUUUACUAUUUUUGUUGAAGGCUGAUCAAGACGUAACCAGUACAAACUAUUAAAUAAAUACAAUCUUCCUAUGGAACCCGCGUAUUAAAAAAUGUUUCUAAAUAAUUAUUGUAAGGUUUGAUAUUUUGGUUCUACACGGGGUUUUUAAACGGGCACGGUUAUUGUUUGUUUGUUAACAACGAAGUCUUUCGCGUUUUUGCAAAAGUGUGUUUAAAGAUCUGUAUAGAACCAUAUUUUUCUAAUGAGUACAAAAUACGGAUGGAUUUUUCUGAUAAAGUAGUUAUUUUGGCAAUAUGUGUGUGUGGUGUAGUGUAUAAAAAAACAUAUUUUUGAAAUACACGGUUAGUGUCAAGUACUGUAAGGAUUAAUGUCGUUGGAUUAGAUUUAAUCAAAUUAUGUAUUGCUUUUAUAAGUUAUUAUUUGUCCCUAAAAUAAAAAUGUGAAUUUUAA